AUGGUUUGGGCUCCUGUUUUGUUUCCUGGAUUCAACUAUUUUUUGAGGGAGUAUGGUAUCCAUUUCAAACCUUCAAUGAGUCUGGAGUCUCAAGAUCUUCUUCGAGGCACUGAGAACUUCUCCAAGGCAAUCUCUUCAGUUUGGCAGACUUUGUUACCACAGCACAUUACACAACCAUCCAGCAUAUGUAAUUAAAAAAGAAAACUCCACCGGCACGGCUGCUCCCACCGGCGCUGCGUGCCGCUCCACUCCAGGGUGCCCUUCCCCUGAGCCCCGCCGGAGCGCGGCCAGAAACUUCAUACUGGACCUUUCAGUGUUUAAAAGGAGCAACAGUUAAACUGAUAAGAGAAGUUUGUCACAAGUCCAGAUCAACAACAGCUGACCUGAUAGCCACUACAGUCCCAUCUUCAGCAGUCCUGUCUGUCACAUUCUACUGGACCUGGACUAAAGGCCCCAGUCUCACACCCUAACAACUGGUGUGGGGAGAAGGGUGGUGAUGGGGGAUGUACAUGGACUUACUUGGUUGAAUCAUUCCCUGCAAAUUAUUUGUCUCUCACAAUGAGAAAUGAAAGUUAAAGAUCAAAUCAAACAUCAGGUACUUGAGCUAGAUUUCCAGGGGCAGUAAGAAGGGGAGGAUUUGUCCAAGGGCACUCUUGAUGGUAUAUAAUGUUCAGACUGAGUGAAAUUGAAAGUGCUGUUGACUACUCAGUUCAAGCUGUGUAUACGGCAGUGUUUAGGAUGAAAUGGUAUCAGACUUCAGCAAGGAAUUGUGAAAGUCCAGUUUUUGUUUAUACUUCUAUAUAUUAAUAAUAUAUUCAUAUGUGUUUUAACAUCUAACAUUACAUCUUUAUGGAAUUGCCUUAAUAACAUAGAAUGCAUUACUUUAAUAGUACCAAAGUCAGCACCACACUAGGGGUCCCGCUGGCUUCAUGUAUAGUAAGCAUAGUAAGAGUUUACAAUAUAAGAAAGCAAAGGGAGUGUUAUCCCUCAUUCUAUAGCUGGAGAAUUGAAGCACACAGAGAUAAGAGAUUACCCAAGGGUCAUGCAAAACUGAUAACUCAGAUCUCUCAAGCCAGGCCUUAAGGUCAAGCCCAUCUUCCUGUCUAAUGAGCUGUUACUGCAAAGCCUAUCAUUUGUUUUCUUAAACUGGGCUGCCAAACCAGACAGUUAAAACCUGCCUAAAAAUUCAGUACUACAGAGCUAUUUGCUUAACAGUAGUUUUCCUAAAAUACCCUCUAAAGUAUUAUAAAUAGAGCAUAAAAAUAGACCAUUGAAAAGAAACCUUUGUUUGGUCAGCCUGAGUGUUGCAUAGCACUCUAUUCCUGUAAUUUACAUGAAUGGGAUAUUUGAACAUAGCACUACAAUGAAUGAGGACUUCAAACAGAAAACAGGCUGUUCUUUUCAGCACUGGAAGUCAAGAAUACAUUGAGCUUUUAGACUGAGUUUUGCUCUUAAAAAUAUAUGCUUCACAUCUGCCUUUUAUAUCAGCAGAAAUUACCUACCUACAUAUAAAGGAAAAGAUGUUAGCUCUUUCAUUAGCAUAACUAAAACUACCUGAAAAUAAAACAUACCCAGAUUUUAAGUCAUUGCACCAGCUUUGAAAUGUCAACAUUUUUCACAAAAUAUAUAAAGACAAGCAAAGAUCAGAAGUGUCGUGGUUUAAAUCUGGUAUUACAUUUUUUUUCUUACAACAUAUGAUUUCUAAUUAAUGAAGGAAUAGCAAUCAAAAAAACUGGAUAGCUGAAACUUUCUAAUCAGUGUGCAUACACAACCCCUUAUCUCUAAGAACUUGAAACCUUACUUGAAUUCAAGCUGGCAGAGUUUAACAGGAGUUACAAAUUUCUCUACCUGAAAGAAAAAUGAAAUUGAACCAGAUCCGGUUCUGGAGUUGUGUAAAACCAUUCAUAAAAGGAUGGUCAAACUUAUCUAAAUCAACAGGCAGUCCUGCAGGUAAACUUCUAGAGUCCUGGGAAAAAAAAAAAACAA